AUGCAAGGACAAUUGAGAACCUUGCAACAACAAGACUUCGACCUAAAACAACAGGUCCGGGACGAAUCCAAUCUUCGGCAGAAUGCUGAGAACAAACUGAGGGAGAAUGAAGGCCAGUUACGAUACGCACAGCAUCAACUGACAAUUUCACGCCAAUAUGCAAAUGCACUGGAAAACGGCCAGAGUCAAAUGCGAAACGACAUCAGCCAGUACCAACAGCUGUCGAUAGAGAUCCAAGAGAUCGACAAACAGCGCAAGGCCAAGAGUUCUAUGCGUCAGCAGUGCAUGAACAGAGUGGCUGAACGAAGCCUUUCCCGAGUUGAAGGGUUCAAGGCGGCGACCAAGCGUCCCGUGGAUGGGAUCGCAGACGGCAGAGAGCCCAAGCGGCCUCGCCAGGAAUAG